GGAUACGGACGCUUUCAGCACGCGGAUAACGGUUACCGAUUUAUCUAAAUAAUACCGGUUUGAUCCUCAUAAAGUUGGGUAACUUUUAUUUAAGUUAAAAACUGGAACACAUACGCCGGCGCCAUGGCGAACGCCCACCGGACGAACGUGCUGGUUACUUCUUGUCUGAAGACGCCGGUGGACCCGCACACCAAGGCGCCGUUAGCUUCUUACGAGCGGGAGAGAGUGCUGCCCUGCACGGCCACCAGCCUCAUGGACAACCGGGACUACGACAAGGAGCUGCAGUAUGAGGACUCGGGCUCUGACUUCUGUGAUGAGGACUACCUGGGCCACGGUGCUCCUCUCAUGGUGACUGACUACAGAGCAACAGGAGACCACUUGAACCUGAGUGAAAUCUUCUUUUCCAACGAGGAGUACUACAGCAAGUUGGAGGAGCUGAAGAAGGCGCACCUCCGCACCAUGGCUGAGCUGGAGGACAUGUACCGGCGGCAGCUGCAGCUCAAGGCCAUGGAGCCUCUGGACACGACGAUGCUGGAGGCAGGCAGGCACAGGCUACCGUGGUCUAACAGCAGCCCGGCAGCUUCACGCCGUCUGAGGAAGUCUCACUCUGCUGUGGAGCUCAGGAGAAGCUCCCGACAGUCUGACUCUUCAGACGAGGAGGAAGCUGUCAGUAAUGACGUGGAGAAAGGCCUGCUGUUUUCUCCUAAAGAACACAUCAAGAACAUGUGGCAGGACUUCAAGCUGCCCGCUCACCAUCGCCGCAUGUUGUCCUCGUCGCUGCAGAGCCUGCCAGCCGACCACAAGAAGCCACGAAAGGGAAAAGGAAAGAAGAGGCUGGUGCAUAAAGAUGAAGAGCAGGAGGACUGGAAACACAGACUGACCGUCCCGCAACCUUUUCAGAUGAUGCUGCGCGAGGCUGAGAGGCGGAAGCGCGGCAUAAAGACGCGUUCAGAGAUUGAGCAGGAGAACACAGAGCUGCGACGGCAGCUAGAAGAGCUGACAGAGUGCCAGAGGAAGUUCCGCGCCAGCCCCGUACCGGCUCAUGUUCACCUCCCGCUCUAUGAGGAGCUGCAGGAGCGCCACAAGGAGCGGCGGCGAACGAGAGAGCGAGAAGAUCAGCAUCUCCGAACCAGCCAGAAACCCUUCAGCUUUCUGGAGAGGGAGCGGAUAAAGAAGGAGCAGAAACAGCUGCAUCACCCGCAGCAGUCCGACCAGGAGAAGGUAAAACCGUUCAAAGCCAAGCCGGUGCCCAAGGCGGUGUACGCAGCAGCGUCAGGGGAGCAGAUGAAGGAGGAGCAGCUGUACCGGGCCAUCAAGAUCCAGAUGAGAGCUCAGGAGAUGCUCACCAGUGCUUCCAUGCCUCCUAGCAUGCUCGCACGGCGACUCAGCGACCGCAAGAAGACCAAAGACGGUAACAGCUCAGGGGACGACAGCUUCUCCCACAGGCCGCACAUCAACAAAGAGGUGCCCGACUUCGACGCCAGCUACCGACGCUUCCAGAAACACCUGGAGAAACAAAAAGAGGUUAAGCCCACGACUGCCUGCGAACCCUUUGACCUUAGGACGUCGCACAUUGCCUCGCACCGUGACCGCAUCCUGGCCGACAUCGAGAAGGAGCAGAGCAGCCCGAAGAUGAUGCGCUGGCCGUACGUCAGCCCCGGGUCGUCUCGCACGCCAAACUCAAGUCUGUGUUCGUCCCUCUCUGGCAGCCUGGAGAUCCUGCCCACAAAAGUCACAGAUGCCACCAAAAAGCGCCAUGAGGCCGUGAGAAAGGCGCUGGAGCAGAGGAAGAAGGCCGAGCAUGAGGAGGAGCGCUGGAAGGAGAGGCAGAAGCAGCGGGAGAAGAAGCUGCAGAGGGUGGUGAUGAAGCGCGCCCAGGCCAACGACCCCCACCUGGCUCUGUCCCAGACACACCAGACCAAGCUCAAAGAAUUCCGGAAACAAGAGCUUCAGCGCAAGAAGGAGUACCAGCAGGAGAUUAAAGAGAUGAAGCAGAGAGUGAAGGGGAGGCCGCUGCUGCUGGAGCAGGUUGCACAGAGAAAUGCCAAACAGGCAGCAGAGAAGCGCUACACAGACGCUCUGCACGGAUGUGAUCUGACUGAAGAGUUCAUCAGCAGCAAGGCGGUUAAAUCAAGAUCUGCAAACAAAGCGUCCCAGUCCAGUGACAGCAGACAGAGUGACCAAGAGGAACCAGACAUGGGAUACAAACCUGUUCACUACAGAAAGGUUUUCCUGGAUGACGACGACACAGAAACAGAUCCAGACAAAAGAGACAGCAGCAGGGACGAGGCGUCUCUAAACCACCGUGAUGGAGGGGACUCCAGCAGUCACCGCUCGGAUCAGGAUUAUCAUGGAGAAAAUGAUGAUGAGCACGAGUCAGAUGAAAGUUACCACUACUCAGACGAUCAUGAGAAUUAUUCAGACGACAGCGAGCACGAUGCUGACACCAUGCAGCAGGAAGCAGGGCAGUGAUGUCAUAGGUAUAAAUGGAAACUGAGGGGAAACACUAAACAGGAAGCUUUAUAUUCAUUUAAAUUAUAUGAUGUAAUUUAUUCUCACUAUGAUUGUGCACAUAAUGAUUUAAAUUAGAUAUCUUUAAAGGGGAACUUCACUAUUUUUCAAUCUGGACCCUAUUUUUUGUUUUUGGCACAAUGUUUCGAUGAAUCAGUUGAUAUUUUACACAUGAAGUGCUUUGGUGCACGAUUUCUUCUCCUCUUUGGCGGGCAGUAGUCUUCCUGGUCAAAAUAAUCUCUGGUGCAUGGUGCAGUGUAUGGACUGGAGUGUUGGACACAUGUAUAGCACAACACAGCUUUAGCCCGUCCAUAUCCCUCCAAGGUCGUCUCUAUGAAAGCUGCCUGAAGUGUGACUCAACAUUUUGGUGGCACAAUUUAGAAAUGCACAAACACAAACGAAAGGGAAUACUUACUACCUCUUACUUCAUAAUUUAUAAAGGAUUUUCAAACUAAAAUUGCUUCAAAGUAAUGAAAUAUACAAUCCAUUAGUGAGAAAACUCCAGGAGCAGGUCUGGAACUCUUGUAAAUUCUGUAAAAAGAUAAAGGACUGAUGUAUAUUGAUGUGCGCAAUCGCCCUGCAGGUUUACACUGCAGACUGGACAAUACUGGAGUAGUUUGUUGUCCCCAAAAUUGUUGUGUCCAUUCAUCACUAAGACACAAAAACAUGGAAAUAUUUGGUUCAGGUUGAAAGCAACUGAAGUUCCCCUUUAACCUGAGGUCCAUACGAUAUUAUCACUCAUUAGUUUUCUCUUUAUUGAGCACUUGAGAAUUUUGACUCUCUUAAUCCUCAUUUUGCAUCAGAAAAUGACAUCUGUCAAAUGUGAAGCAUAACAUUGUCUGGUUUCUAGCUAAAUGCAGUACAUUAUUUUUUCUUUCGCUCCAUUGUGGGAAUUUUGUCACGGCACAAUAAAAUAUUUUUAGUUUCACACUUAAGGAAGUGAUUUUGGAAAGCACAGAUCCUAAAAAUAACAUUAAAGAUGACUUAAUUCUGUUACAGGCUUCCAGUAAGCACUGACAGAAUAUGACAGAUUAUUAAAUGGCCCAGUGUCCCAAAUCCAAACUAACUGACAUAUUUUACAUUUUAGCAGAUAGUGUACAAAAAAAUCAACAUACUUCACCAUUUACACAAAAUUGGAAGAUUGUACUGCACAGUAUUUUCACAUUUCAUACUUUAAUAACUUCUAGCUGAUAAUACUUGUAUACUUUUACUUAAAUAAGGUCAUGGAUGAAGGACUUUUACUGGUAGAAGAGAAAAAGACUGAGAACAGUGCAUGUUUAUGACUCUCAGUUGCUGAUUUGGGUUCAUAAACACACGUGUAAUUGGACAGCACUUUAGAUGAAAGACUAUAAAAUUACAUGUUUGACCUCUAGGAGUUACAAGUAAUGUUACUAAAUAUAUAUAUAAUAAUAUUUAUUGAUAUAAUAUUCAUUGUUUUUAUUCAGUCAUCAUAACUUUGUUUAUGUUACACUGGACCACC